AACAUCUAAAGGACACAGCAAGUGACCCCACCCCCGCCUACAAGCGGCAUGCCCAUCUGACGUCAUUGUUAUUGAGGCAACGGUAGCGGCAGCGUAGCUCUGAAGGAACGUUUUCCCACAUAGACCGAUAGGCUACUACUGUACCGGACGGACCCUUCGGAGGCUGUAGUCUACCUGCCGUGAAAACCUGCCACAGGCCCCAUGUUGAGGCGAGCCUACGCGCUGACGAAGGAGUGACAAACGUACCGUUCUAUCCUGUUUCUAGGAAAGCCCGUGGAUGGUUCUAUCUGCGGGAACACAUCGCGCAAACAUGUCAAGAAACCAGAGGACUCCGCUGAAACACACGGAAAAUUUGGUGGAGGUCAAGAGCAAGUUCGAGGCGGAGUACAGGCGUUUUGCCCUGAAGAGGUCCGGUUCCGGAGGGUUCCAGGAGUUCUACAGGCUGCUGCAGACGGUACACCGCAUCCCCGGUGUGGAGGUGCUGCUGGGAUACGCCGACGUGCAAGGAGACCUCCUGCCCAUCAACAACGAUGACAACUUCCUGAAGGCCCUGUCCUCAGCCAAUCCGCUGCUCCGAAUCAUCAUCCAGAAGAGAGAUGUGGAUGAGCCAGUGGUCUUUGCCACCAACUCUCUCCAGCGGAGGAGAAAGGGCCUGGCGGGGCUCCGCCCAGCUCAGCAGAAAGCCAAACCGGGGCUCCUGAUUGGUCUUCCCCAAGACUUCCGGCAGAUUUCCUCCAUCAUCGACGUGGACAUCCUGCCGGAGACCCACCGGCGUGUGCGUCUGCACAAGCACGGCUCCCACAAGCCCCUGGGCUUCUACAUCCGAGACGGGGUGAGCGUGCGCGUGACGCAGCAGGGCGUGGAGAAGGUUCCGGGCGUGUUCAUCUCCCGGCUGGUGAGGGGCGGGCUGGCGGAGAGCACGGGGCUGCUGGGGGUCAACGACGAGAUCCUGGAGGUCAACGGCAUUGACGUCAGCGGGAAAUCCCUGGACCAGGUGACGGACAUGAUGGUGGCCAACAGCCACAACCUCAUCGUCACCGUCAAACCGGCCAAUCAGAGGAACAACGUGGUGCAUCGUGGGAGUAAGACGUCUGCGGCCAACAGUUCCACCGGCUCCGCGGGCUCCUUCGUCUCCCGUGACUCCGCCCCCAGCCCCUCCUCCCAGAGCGUCAGCCACAGUCACUAUAGCAACAGCAACAGCGUCGCCGAGGGCGACAGCGACGAAGACGGCGACCUCAUCAUCGAGAGCGACGGCCUGCCUUCCUACAUGCCACACCUCGUGUCCAACGGCAAUGGUAGCCACGGCGACUUCCCGUCGGCCUCGUCCCCAGGGCACGGGCCCCUCCCCCAGAGCGUGUCCCUGCCCAGUAGCGUGUCGCUUUCGGACAGCAAGGCCUCGCUCAGCUCGCUGACCACGCCCACCCAGAACGGAAGCCCCGCCCCCAGCCCGGUGAGAACCAGUAGCAGUCAAGAGAGCAUGAGAGAGGACGGCAACAUUAUCACCUUGUAACACACACACUUUGGAAUGCCCUGAAACCCACAAACACCCUGGUAGGAACUAAAACACGCUGGAACACUCUGGUUUUCCCCCCAAGGCUGGACACAGGCGAUGCUCUGGUGACCUGAUUGUUAGUACGUCUCUCUCUCCUUGUUGAGGAGAGAGACAGUUAUGAUGUCAUCCUCGGUGAUGCCUGGCACCAGUACAACUAAUCAACCAACCAACCCAGCAGCAGCUGUCUGACACACCACCAGGCAUCAUGACCUGACUGAUGUACACAUCACACACUGGAACAUCAACAACAUGACAACAAAACACACAGGGCAUUCUUGAUUCCAGGAAGUGGCUGUCACCACACAGGAAGUGCCUUGGGUCUUCCUAUGCACUCAACUUGUCCAUGCCUAGAUCACAUGACCUGAAUCACCUGACUCCAUCUAAUCCUCGACCUAGAUCGCCUGAGUCACAUGACCUGGGUCUCUCUAGUCACCUGAUCUGAGAGCUUCUGCUGUCUAUUUUUACGUGUCUUUUAACUUUAAAGCAUAUCUUAGAAGACAGGUCGAUUUACUGCACACUAUGAUGUCACUGACUGACUGACCACUAUGAGUGCCCAUUGGUCCAUGAAUUGGCCUUUGACCUCCUGAUAUUUAUGUAAUAUUUUCUUUGGGGUGUGACACCUACUAUGGCCCGGAGAACAAUAAGAAAUCACAGCAUUAUCAGACUGGUUGCUUCACAGAGCUUUCACAUUCUGUGGUGUUGGCGGCUGUAGUCCCAGUCUUAUCCUCUGACACCCCACACUGUACUCACUAGCAGUCUGGUCUUGUCGACCGAUAACUCACAGUCCCUCCUCCCCUCCUCCUCUUCUCAACCCCUCCUUUCCUCCAGUUCUCAUCCCCUGCUCCUUCCUUCUCCACCAAGUCUCCCACCAACCUAAUCUCUGCUGAGCGGAAAUAUACAAACACACAAUAGAGGACAGACCUACAGCUCCAGCUCAGGGGUCGUGACCUCUGCCAGACUCAGCUGUUUACAUGCACACUUAUUACUGCUGGGGAUUCUGGGUAAGAAUAAGGAAAUUCCUCUCAUGUUUGGAAAGCCUAGAGCAAUGCACACUGGGACCCUGUUCACACAGACCACUCCUGUCUAUAAAUGUAAACCUGAGGC